UGGAUAAACAACUUCUCCAGUACAAUACUCUCUCUCUCCUCUCUCCCUCUCCCUCUCUCCCUCUCUCUAGAUUUCUGAGUACUCUGCAGUCUGUUCUUUUUCUCGCUGAUAGUACCAGUAAAUCCUCGAGAGAUCGAAAAUGCAGUCGACUCACUUGCAUAUCGAAGAACCUGUACGGAUGGCUUCAAUCCUCGAGCCUUCUAAGCCUAGUUUCUUCCCGGCGAUGACGAAGAUCGUUGGGACACUUGGUCCGAAAUCCCGAUCCGUGGAGAUUAUUUCUCGCUGCUUGGAAGCUGGAAUGUCUGUGGCAAGGUUUGAUUUUUCAUGGGGUGAAACUGAAUUUCACCAGGAGACGUUGAAUAACAUGAAGGUUGCUAUCAAGAGUACGAAGAAGCUCUGUGCAGUUAUGCUGGACACAGUGGGUCCAGAGUUGCAAGUUGUCAACAAAACUGAGCAUCCAAUUUCCCUCAAAGCAGAUUCUUUGGUUGUUCUAACUCCUGAUCAAAACAAAGAGGCCACUUCAAAUCUGUUGCCCAUAAAUUUUGGUGGUCUAUCUAAGGCAGUGAAGACAGGAGACGCAAUAUUUAUUGGGCAGUACUUAUUCACUGGAAGUGAAACAACCUCUGUCUGGCUAGAGGUAACUGAAGUGAGUGGUGAUGAUGUGGUCUGUUUGAUAAAGAACUCUGCUACCUUGUCCGGGCAAUUGUACACAUUACAUGUCUCUCAAAUUCGUAUUGAUCUUCCUACCCUAACCGACAAAGAUAAGGAGGUUAUUAGCACUUGGGGUGUUAAAAACAAUGUAGACUUUCUCUCAUUGUCAUAUACACGGCACGCGGAAGAUGUUCGACAUGCUCGGAAUUAUCUUUCCAAAUUGGGUGACCUCAAUCAAACUCAAAUAUUUGCGAAAAUUGAAAACGUAGAGGGAUUGACUCAUUUUGACGAGAUUCUACAAGAGGCAGAUGGAAUUAUCCUCUCUCGUGGAAAUCUGGGUAUUGAUCUCCCACCAGAAAAGGUAUUUUUAUUUCAAAAGGCAGCCGUUUACAAGUGCAAUAUGGUGGGAAAGCCUGCAGUGGUUACUCGUGUUGUGGACAGUAUGACAGACAACCUACGGCCCACUCGUGCUGAGGCAACUGAUGUUGCCAAUGCUGUAUUGGAUGGUAGUGAUGCAAUAAUUCUAGGUGCAGAGACCUUGCGUGGACUGUACCCUGUUGAGACUAUUUCCAUUGUUGGUAAAAUUUGUGCAGAGGCAGAGAAGGUUUUGAAUCAAGAUCUGCAUUUUAAGAAGACUGUAAAAUAUGUUGGAGAACCAAUGACUCACUUGGAAUCUAUUGCUUCGUCGGCGGUACGUGCAGCUAUCAAGGUGAAGGCAUCUGUUAUCAUUUGCUUUACUUCAUCAGGAAGAGCUGCAAGAUUGAUCGCUAAGUACAGGCCAACGAUGCCGGUCAUAUCAGUUGUUGUACCUCGGCUCAAGACAAAUCAACUCCGUUGGACAUUUACAGGUGCUUUUGAGGCAAGGCAAUCUCUUAUAGUCAGGGGUCUUUUUCCCACGCUGGCAGAUCCUCGACAUCCCGCUGAGUCUACAGAUGGAACAAACGAAUCCAUUUUGAAGGCCGCAUUGGAUCACGGAAAGGCCACUGGUGUGAUAAAACCACAUGAUCGUAUUGUGGUAUGCCAGAAAGUUGGCGAUGCAUCUGUUGUGAAGAUUAUUGAGCUUGAAGAUUAGAACCUGUACUGUACCCUUACCUCAAUCAUACUAUUUUGAGUUUUUGAAAGCUCUCUCGGUUUCACAAACUCCGAAUUCAAAGGUAAAUAAGCACAUAUGCAGUAAGAGUGCAGCAGGGGUGGUGGGCCUGGUGUUACCCCCCUUAAUAAUCACAAUUGUGACAUGCUUCAGGCACAUUUUUUUAAGUACCUCUUAUGUUUGUCGAAUGACUGGUAUCAACAAAAUUCAGUUUGCGCGA